AAGUUCAAACGCUGCGCAUAUCAGGUCAAUUUUUGUUUUUAAAAUCCGUCUUAAAUAAAUCCCUUGAAUGCUGUUCAAUGAUAAUAAUAUUGCAACGAAAAUAAAAAUAAGGUCAAUCAGUUUUUCGGUUUUGAAUACAUUUGUCAAAAUAUUUGCUCUACGGUACUCAAACGCCAUCUAUGAAUUUAUUAAGAACUAUCAUUACUUGUACCAUGUUGCGCAUAAUGAACGAAUUGCGCCACAACUGUGAUAGAUGGCGCUAGUUGUUUUCCUAUUGAAUGAAUGAAUGAGAUUUUAUUUCAUUAUAAGAAGACUUAGAAAAAACAAGUUUUAGAUAGAGGUGCUUAGAGCCAACUUUAAAUUUCAAACAAUUUGGAAAAGCGACAGUGGUCGUGUUUCUACAACCUGUGGGAUUGACAUAAGGUGACAUAAUGAGAGGCAAUACUCUUUUGCUCUUUUGUUUUGUAUUUCUGUAAUUAAUUGUUGUAAUGAUAGGGAAAAAAUAUUUUUAUCACUGUGAAUUUCAUUUUUCGUAUUCGCUUGCAACUUUGCUAAGGCUCCAGGAGAGUUUGCGGGGUCUAAAUUGUGACUAGCGGCUCUGCGCUAUUUAUUGAGCUCUUUGUUUAAUUAGCGAAAAUGUAUGAACUUGUUAUACUAAGUAACUUAGGUGUUUGCAGAGGCCGUUAAUGUCAUUCAAAGUAGGUACCUUGGUUUGCUAUAAAAAAGACAAUUUGGAACAAGCGCUUCGCCGACCGUUGCAGCAAAUUGUCUCACCACGAACAUCUUCAGUUAAAAUUCCUCCCCGAACUUGAACGGGGCAGCUUAAUUAUUCGGCGUGCUAACUAUGCUCAUAACCUGUUGAGUUCCAGAACUUUGUCUGUAUAAUUUACGAGACUUAGAAGUAUACUGCACGCGAGCAGAUGUUCUUAGUUAUAAUGUUGCAAGUACGCCUGUUGGUUUUUGUCGACAGUCGACGAUCAACCUUAUUGCUUUAUAUUUAAUUUCAGGCGUCUUUAAUUGUGAUUAUGUUUAGUCGUGUAUUAAGGAGAAGGUGGAUCGGGUAAUUGUAGAACUAUGAGAUUUUAUAGUGAACACACAAAUAAAUACACUUAAGUUUAUAGAUAUCUGCUGGGAUUAUCGCUGGCUGGAUUGGCCUCAGCAUAAUACGAGAAAAAGUUUUAUUAUGCGGUCUGUAAUUCCGUCCGGAGCCCAGGAAACAUACGGUGAGAUAGGCAUUUGACUUUUUAUAUGCGAAAUGCGGGUAGAUUCGUCUCAGUUUAGUCGAUUUUUUCCCGAUACUGCGAGGGUAGGCGCGCAAAGCUAUAAAUAGAAUGCGCCUACGCGUUGUGACUUAGUUGGCGUUUUGACUUCGUCGUGUGCAGAUGCGCGAGCGCAAUGCAAUUUACAUCAAAUUCGUCCAGCGAAGAUGGCGAGGAAUACGUGCCGCCGCGAAAAAAUCCACGGCUCGAAGAAGAAUCACCACGUGCUCCACCGCCGGUGGAAGCUAACGUCAUGAUACGCUCUGUCGUGCAAAGAGUGAACGAACAGCUACCACCACGUGCUCCGUCAACAUCGAGGUCCACAGCGGACGAUAGAUUCGAAUUAUUAGCGCGGGAAGUCGCUAAUAUUAAAAGUAUUUUGGCACGCACCGUGCAAGCUCCACCUGUCGUGCCUGCGGAACACGCGCCAGCAAAGCCAGCAACCACGUUUGCGGUGCUCGAUGACCUUGUCCCGCCCGCUGCACCGCCCUCGCCCGACCCCAAACUAGAGACGCCGCAGACUGUGAUAGCUGAUGUCACUAAACAAGCGGACCCCUCACGGCUUGCCAUAGUCGAUACUUUGCAGCAUUUUAAUGACCCUGAUUGGGCGAAUAUUCGCUAUGCCGACACGCAGAAAAAAUAUUUAGCAUCUCCAGCGUUCACUUAUCUUGAACUGAAUGAUGAAUUGACUCCUUUCGAGUUGAAGCCAUACUUACAUAGGUCUCUGGACCAAACCUUUGGCAUAUUAACCAACAUGCUGCUCGCACAGCGCGAAGCGGUACAAGUUGCUAUGAAAAAUAUCUUAUCAUUACCCGGCGCACCGCCGGAGCUACAUGAGAAACUAGUGGCUGCCUUCUCGGCUGGCAGCUCGUAUGCCGAGGUAUCCAAGGACUUACUGCAAGUUGUGUGCGGACGGCGAGCAGCCGUUAUCGAACAACGUCGGGAUCACGUAUUGUCGGCAGUUAAGGACAAAUACCACAAAACUGCUUUGCGGCGCAUACCACCCACACGUGGUCAUCUAUUCCAAAAAGACCAGUUUGCUGAUGCUGUUUCCAAGAUGGGAGGAGUUACCAAAGUUUUUCGUCGUCCUUACGAAUCCGCUGAGGGUCGAUACUGUGCAGCUGCAAGGCAGGCUCCUGCCGUUUCACCAACGCGGACAUUUCGUGGCACCGCCGGCGGCGCUGGCGCCGCCAACACCCGCUACCGCGCAGCAGCGGCACGCGGCCGGGGGGCCGGUGGCAGGCGCCCCGAAGGAGCGCGAGGACGAGCGCAGCAGCGGAGAGACGAGCGCCCCCGACGCUGAGUUCCGCGGUGGCAGAUUGCGACACUUCCGCGCAGCAUGGAGUGACAGAGGCGCGCCAGCGCACAUUUUGGAUAUAAUCAACGGGUCCACUGAACACGAUAGCGGACAGCCUCUCAAGAUUCGAAAAACUUCCCGAGUGGCACCUCAUUCCAACGGCAUGCAACGUACUCUUCACGAAGUGGGGCACCCCGUGCAUCGACCUGUUCGCGUCGCACAGCGCGCACGUAGUCCCUCUAUACGUGAGCAGAGACCUGCGCGACCCGCACGCAGUUCAUUACGACGCGUUCAGCCGGGACUGGAGCUACAGCCUGGCUUGGGUGUUUCCCCCUCCUUGCCUGAUGCCACAAGUCUUGCUGGCACUCAACCAAGCACGAGGCAGGUUCAUAAUAAUUUGCCCACAAUGGUCAAACGUACCGUGGAGAGCCGAUCUCAAACCGAGGGCGCUGAGCUCUCCAUAUACCAUCCGACACCUACAUCGGUCAUUAAUAGACACAAGGACAGGCCUGCCACCCCCUCAGGUGGACAAGUUAAAAUUGGAGGCAUGGCUGGUACAGGGUGGGAUGACCUAUUACAGGACUGGUCACCCACGAAGAGAUCUCUUAUAGAGGCAAGUUGGCGCCCCUCUACUUUAAAAACCUACCGACAGGCUUGGACAAAGUGGAUCACUUGGGUGUGAGAACACAGGAAUUAAUCACAAAGAUCCUGGUGUCGGCAGUGUGGCGAGCUACUUAGCCUAUUUGCAUAGCGAAGUUGGUCUCGGAUAUAGGACAAUAUUGAUCCACAAAACGGUGGUGACUAACUUCUGUAACCCACAACAUGCAACGGUUUUGGGCUCUCAUCCUCUGAUAAAGCAUACACUGAAAGGCAUUGCUAACACAUCAAACACUAGAUCAAAGGUUAAGCCACCUGUUUGGAACCCCCAGAUUCUGGUUGACUGGCUUAUUAAAAAUAAUCCACACAAAGAAACCUUAUUUGAAAUUUCUCGAAGAUGUGCUAUCUUACUGCUACUAGCAUCGGGCCGCCGGGUUCACGACCUCACUCUCCUAUCAGUCGCAGAAGGUCACAUCGAAUGCGGAACCGAUUAUAUCACACUUUGGCCGAUAUUCGGAUCCAAAACGGACUCGUUGACACACCGUCAGUCAGGGUGGCGACUCACUGCUGGUGCCCACAUCAACAUCGACCCUGUGCACUGGCUGCAGAAGCUGGUGUCGGCUGGGGCCGCGCGGCGUCGGCCCGACUGUGCGCAGCCUGUUCGUGGCCACGUG